AUGCUAGAAAUCACCUCACAAAGCUCUUCACCUAUCCAUAAGCCCUCGAAACUAGGCGUUACUCAUUCAAUUAGGCAAAAGUUAAACUUUCUUGAUGAAAGACUAUGGAAACGGUUCAGCGCUCGGAGACUAGAGUUGAUCGAUACAAUGGAUCUAAGUUCUCGAAAAGCAAGUGAACAGGAGUCAGAGAUUAGAAAAGUUGCCGAAACGCUACGAAUAGAGUUCCAGUACGAUGAGUCAUACAUUGACGAUUUUGACAAGUUGGUUAGAGCUGCUAUACAAUCGGUGCGAAGGAACAGGAAACGUCAUCUUAAACGAGAGAGAGAAGACAAUGACCAAGUCAAGAAGCAAAAGAGGGAGAGCAUCUCGAAUGAUGGAAGUGAUGGGUUUUUAUCGGAAAUUGUGCAGCAUGAGGACGAGGUUUACGAUGUCAACUACAACAGGACCAAAAAAAUUUCUUCCCAUGAUCAUGCGGUUGACAUGAUUGAGCAUAUGGCAAAGCCUAGAUUACCACCUUUGACUAGUUUACCUUUGCAAGAGGUGCUGCCGCUGGCGGAGGUUGCCAGGAAAACGAUAUUGAACAAGAUUGAAAGAUCCAGGACUUGCAAUGAAAGUACAAACGAUCUCAGGUCAAGUAAUUUGCAGUUUCUUGGAAAGUCAGUUAUGACGAGUUGCAUUGGGUAUAUAUGUGAAAGGUCAUUUACUAAUGUGAAUCAGCAGUCAUUGGAGUACUUGAGGAACAAGUUAUGCCACGACACAUAUCUUGCCAAGUUUUUUCGAGAGCUAGAUCCACUGACAACGACAACCAUAAAUGACGAAGUUGCCGUGAUUUCGUUGUAUACUUUGCUAGGGGGGUUAGUUAAAGACUUUGGUUUUGAUGAGAUCAUGGGUCCAAUGGGCGAAGUUCUCUACGUAUCAAUUGUGAAGGAGUACCCACUAAUCAGCCGAAAUUCAAUACCUUUCAAACCGCUACAAGAGGACACGUUCUCGUUGAAUAAGCUAGCGGAGGUGGCCUCGAGUAUGCAAAGUGAGAUAGCUCUGAUGAAUGAAUGCGAGAAACUGAGAACACAGACGCCAGAUUACAUUAGAGAGAACUCACCAAUGAUGGAUAGACGAGCCAGUGCUGGACCCAAGAAACGCAUAAUUUUGAAAUUCUUGAAUCAAGCGUUGGAAUUCUUUUACCCAUCGGGGUUAUCUGCAACACCUCGGUUCUACGAGUUGUUGGAGAAUGCCAAAAGCGCAUUCAAUAUCUCCAAUUCCAUAUUGGAGUUUCGCUAUGAGAAUAAAGUAAUACAAACUGAUCAAGAAUUGGAGAAAGUGUUUAGAAAUACUCAACCUGUGAUUGAGCUUGAAGUAUUGACACAAAAUACGAUACCCAUUCAGCAAUUUGCAGCCUUGCAUAAUGCACAACAAGCCCCAUAUACACCUAUUGGAGCCGGUAUCCAGCCAAAAAUUUUAUUGCCACCACCUUUACAUACUUCUUCAAGUGAAGCAUACCAUACCAAGCCAGACGAGUCUUACUCUAGACCACAACCAAUGUUGCCCAAGUUCCAGCCACUCUUAUGA